AUAACAUGUCAUCCGAUACAAACGCGGAACUAAUAUCGGAGCUGUACUUAGCGUUCUUCGGCAACUGCGUUGGCAACGCCGUGGGAGUCGUCGCCGAUAUCAUUGCCUUGGUUGUAACAUGGACAAAGACAUUCCAGCAGUGGCGGAGUGCCCACCGUGUGAACAUGCACUUGCCAAUCACGGCGUGCCUCCUCCGAGACGGCGCUGUCUAUUUCCUCCUCCUGCUCACCAUCAACGUCACCAAUAUAGCCACCAUUCUCCCGUCCUGGACUCUACCCUUUAGCGGCUUCAUUGAAUUCAUCCCGCCUAUCCUCGUCUCCCGCUUCCUCCUCAACCUGCGCUCCAGCACCGAGCCCGGUAUCACAGACCCUAGCAUCCCGCGGCUCUCGGAGCUCAGCGUCCAGUUUGCGACGCCGAAUGUGUCGAAUGUCAUCGGCAACAUUGGCGCACCGCUAGACUACACGCAGGCUGAGGAGCUGAUCCGCGCCGAGUACGAGUUCCCUGGAGACGAGAGCGACGCGUCCUUGUCUGAUACUGCGUCGGCUACCAUCGGCGCGUGACUCUGUGUUCGCCCGGAGGAUAGAGGACGUGUAGAGCUGCGAAACACAGGUGAGCGGCAUACGUGG